AUGUUUGUGACGAUUUCAAUAUUCAAUUUGUCUUUCUUUUUGAUUAUCAAUGGAGAUAAUAGCUCAGCAAUCAAUUUUGAGGCUUUUGGUGUCAGUGCAAACUACUCUACUGUUCUGAACAACGCAAAUCGGGUUUUUAACGAGAUUUUCACUGUUCGAAACUAUCAUAAAGAGUUGGCUCCGAUGGACACAUCACUAGAAAGCAAUUCGUCAAAUGAGUCUCGACUGCAAAUUGGAGUUACCGUUCAAAUGAUUUACAUUGUGAAUUUAGAUAUGGCUCAACAAAACCUGUUGACCUAUGUUGAAUUGGAAUUGAUAUGGCAAGAUGUGAGACUAGCUUGGGAACCCGAAAAUUUCGAGAAAGUGCCGACUAUUUGGAUUCAUUGCGAUCAAGUGUGGGCGCCAGAAAAUAUCGCUGAGAAUGUGUCAAGAGAAAAGUUCAGCUUCUCGAAUGUGAAGACUGAGAAUGUAAUCUCGAUCGAAGAGGUUUUCCCGGAUCGCUUCAAACAAUGCAAACUUUAUGCGAAUGGAACCGUUCACUACGAUACUAUUCUUCUCAUUCAAUCAGUUUGCUCAAUGAAUAUCGAAAGAUUUCCAUUUGAUCAGCAGAAAUGCUCUCUGCAGUUCACGUCACAAAUCUACGAUAUGAAUCUAAUCAAUGCAAGGGGAGAACUUUUCACAAAGCAACCUGGCGUGACUCCACAGGGAAACGCUGAAUGGUCUGUCGUCAAUUGUACUGUCGAGAAAAUUCACUACACUGGGUACUCGUCUGCAGGAAUGGAUUUAAUCGCUUUUUGGCUUACUCUGAAAAGAGAGCCAAAAAAAUCCCGACUCCAAAUUGAGAUCACAAUCCAGCUUCUCUACAUCUUCAAUUUGGAUAUGGCUCAACAAUACUUGUCAACAUACAUCGAACUAGCAUUAACAUGGCAGGAUGUGAGAUUGGCAUGGAAACCUGAGAAUUUUGAUGAAGUGUCAACUAUUUGGGUUCAUUGCGAUCAAGUGUGGACUCCUGAAAAUAUUGUUGAUAAUGUUUGUCAAAACUUAGCAUUGCUU